ACGCCUGGAGCAGCUGCUGAGGCUGGUUCCUUAAUUAUUGUGGUGCUGUCUUGCUUCUUUAUUCUAUGGUGCUGUGCUACACUGGUACUACUUUGUUGCUGCAAAGCAAUUUGAGCUUGCUGCCCACGGUGUUACGAUUUCUUCGGUGUUUGUGCCGUGUUGGUGCGUGUGCCGUGUUGGUCCGCGAAACUCCGGAAAUGUGAACGUUGUGUUUCCGGAACGGUUAAGAAAUGCACUAGCGUAUUUCUGAGGCUUUUGGUAGCUUCUGGCACUAACAAUGAACGUGAAGCACUGUUCGAUGUGCCCGUUCUUCUCGUGCCAACUUGCACGAGUCAUCACGCACGUACGCCGAGUGCACAGUGCAGAGCCCAACUUCAAUGUAUACUGCGGCAUCGAAGGCUGUGCGAACAAGUAUACAAAUUUCAAUUCAUACAGAUCGCAUCUGUAUCGUCACCAUCGUAACUUACUUGAAGAAAACAGCAGAAUUUUGCAACAGCGACGCGCUGAACAGCCUGCCGUUGGAGGAAAUUCAGAUGUGCAGAACAGGGAACAGUUUCCACAAGCAAUGGACUGUGCUGACGGCAGCGCUAACGUUUUCAGUGAACGACCUUCCGCAGAUGAUUUGUCGUCAGAGCAUACAACGGUUCCAGUUGAUCGUUUUGAGUGCUUUCUCAAGCAGGCAAAGUCAACUAUAUGGAAUUUCUAUUUUUGUGUCACAGAGAAACACUGUCUGCCACCUAAAGCAGCUGUCAGUGUGUUUGCUGAAUUGCAGGUGAUGUUUGAACUUGUUCUAAAGGCUUACAGUGAUGAGAUUGCACAUGCAAUGAAAGCAUCGGCCACAACUUCUGAUGUAAAGCGUCUACUCGACUGCUCAUUUGUGCCUGAGCUCUUCCGUGGACUUGACAGCAAACAUAAACGAGAUGAAUAUGCCAUGAAAACGUUUCCUUUCAUAUCACCCGAGGAACAGCAUUUGGGCCAAGAGGCAAGGUACCACUACAUUCCAUUGCCCAAGCUUCUCACUGCAGUUUGCGAAAUUCCUGACAUUGCCGCCCAUCUAACGACACCUGACAUUGUGAAUCAUGCACCUAGUGUGUACAGGGACUACAGUGAUGGACUUGUGUACAGGGAACACCUUCGAGCUCUUAUCCCUGAGGGUAGCACGCACACCAUCAUCACUUUUUUCUAUACUGAUGAGAUUGAAGUGGUAAAUCCCUUGGGUGCCAAACGAGGCAAGCAGAAGCUCCUUGCUGUGUACUGUGUCUUGUUGAACCUUCACACCAAGCACAGAUCGCAGCUUGACAACAUCUAUUUAGUCAUGCUCGUGCGCUAUGCCCACGUGAAAACUCAUGGUCUAGACAAAGUAUUGCAACCAAUGCUAGACGACUUAAAGCAGAUGUACAAGGAUGGCCUCACAAUUAGAAUCGGGGGAGAGGAGAUAUGUGCUACUGUUGUUGUGCUUGCCUUUUGCGGUUACAGUCUUUCCCUAAACCGGUUAGGUGGAUUUUCUUGUUUCAGCAAAGGACAAGUUUGCAGAUACUGCAUGGUAUCAGUAAACCAUUUGGCGGAAAAAACUAGCGAAACAAUGUGCCAGGCUCGUACAUUAAACAGACAUCAGUUGCAUCUUCAAGCAGUUACUGUGGAUGCAGAUAACAAGCGCUUGUAUGGUGGGAAUGAUGUAUCACCUCUUCUGCAGUUGCAAUAUUUUGAUGUGACCCGGCAGUUGCCUCCUGAUGUAAUGCAUGACAUCUUGGAAGGGGGAGGAGAAUGUGUUCUGCGGCAUGUCUUGAACUCGUUAAUAUCUAGCAACUUGCUCUCAGAGAAAGACCUUGAAGCAGUGUCAUCAUUUGACUAUGGUCCAAAUGAUGCAAAGGACAGGCCCCCACCAUUAAAUGUGGAAUUUUUGACCAACAACUCUGUCUUGGUAGGCACUGCAUCAAACAAAUGGUGUUUGUUUAGGUUCUUGCCAUUGAUAUUUGGAUCGAAAAUUCCUGAAGGAAAUGAAGAUUGGGAGAUGCUUUUGAAGUUCCGUGAAAUUUUGGACAUCACACUUGCAUCUGAAUUCUCAUCUGCGCGUCUUUCUUAUUUGGAUGUAAUUGUGCAGACCUUCUUGAUUGAAUUUGCAGGCAGGUAUGGCAGUCUCGCAGUUAUCCCCAAGCUGCACUACAUGGUGCACUAUGCAAGGUUUGUGCGUGAAGUUGGCCCUCUGAGACAAUUUUGGUCAAUGAGGUUCGAAGCAAAGCGCCAAAACAUAAGGAAACUGGCAAGAACAGUCAGGAAUUUCAGAAAUUUGACGCAUACACUAGCAAAUCGACACCAGUUGAGACAGUGUUACCAACUGCAUACAUUUCAACUUUACCAGGGGCUUCAAACAGUUGGAAGUAAGCCUGUAGAUUGGAACACACUUCCAAGCUGUGCCAAGGAAGCCUUGCCAAUGAGUGUCUGUGAAGUGAAGAGUGCAACACUUGAUCACUGCUCAUACAGGUGUGGGAGUGUUCUUGUUGCGACUACGGGGGAAGGCCCGGAGUUUCAUAUGAUUGAGUCGCUACUUGUGGCAAGUGGAAAGCUCUACCUCCUCACAAGAACUUUACUAGUGGAAUGCUUUGACCGUCACAAGUAUUGCUAUUGCAUAAGGAGAUCAAGUGAUCAGAAGAUCUGCCAGCCCGAUGACAAGUUCGAACAUUACCUGCUGGACUUGUAUGAAGGUUCUAAACUAGUUCCUCGAUGGAAAACUUGGUAAAAUAACUCGUGCUAUGCAACCAUGCACUUUUGUAUUAUCUAUGAGUGUCGUGUGGAGAAGUGUUCCAGUUUUGCAUUCUUUGGAUAUUUUUAAAUGUUUUGUAUAUAAAUAAAUAUAUUGCUUGUAACUUAGACAGUGUCAUCAAUAUUGUGGGCAUUUCUUAGUCACUUCUUCAUUGGCUGCACAUGAUCUUGUGAUGAGGUUCUUUCAAUGAAUUACACGCUACUGAGGCACAGCCUCAGCGCAUGAAAUGACGAAGCCGUUCGUUACCACAACAAGCCAUUCAUUAAAGAAAAUACAGCGAAAAGAAAAAACGAAACUCGGCAAACUAAUCACAAAAACAAAAGAGGAUUAAGGCUAGAAAGAAAGCAUGAAAGUCAGAAGGGGCCUACAGUUUCAUGGUUUGCACUGGAGCUGUGGGAUGGGCUAGAAGUGGCGACAGAGGCAGAGCUCGAAGUGGAGUUGUGGUGGCGAAACUAGAAGCCGUCAAAGAAAAUCCUGGUCGCCCCCAGGCGAACACCAGGGAUCUAAUAAUGGAGGAAGAAGUUCUGCAAGUUACACUGUGACUUUGGGAACAUGGAUAGGUAGCCUUAAUACGGUAGAGGUCUUGUCGCCGGACACAAAGUCCGAGGGCUUCACCUCUGCUAAUGGUACAAGGGCUUCAUUUCUUACACGUCGGUCGGCACCUUAUCAGGCAGCCAUGAUCGACGCUGCUGUGAAGACAGGCAUAGUGAAGACUGACAACAGCAGGACGCCCUUGCGGCGUUCGCCAGCCAGAGCUCGGGCACGGCGCUGGAGACACUGGGCCGCCUGGGUCGGAUGCCCUUCCGACGUUCGCCAACUGCAGGCUGCAGGAAGAAGUUAGAUGUCGUGUCGAUCCCAGGUGGGAGCCUCGAGCGGCCUUGGGCCAGGAACUCGACUGGCCGCUACUUCCGCACCCUGGUCAUCAUCCUCCCCUUCUUCCACGUCUGCCAUGAUGGCUGUCGCUUGCUUGCUUCCUUGCUUGUUGCUCACUUCUCCCACUUACCCAUUACGAUCACGGCACUCGUGCACUUCACACAUCACAGAUCUUCAUCACAUCGGCUUCUUCGUCUUCAUCGCUUGUGGGGACUCAUCUUGAGAUUGAUCUGUGGCUUGAGUGUGAUCGGUCUGCCGCGUGUUCGGGGUGUGUUGUAUCACAUAGCACCCGGUAGCCAGGCGCUAAGUGUAAUAAAUUUGCAUGUUCUGUCUUGUUUGUUUCUCCCACCUA